GCGGAGGUGGCGCUACGAGUUAGAGCUUGUGAACAGAUGAGUGAAGGUCCUUGUUAGAGAACAAUCAUUGACUUUGAGCGAUUCUCAGCGAUCUCGUCAGAGAACAAGCAUAUCACCGACUCCGAAGAUACGUCAGAAAAGCAGCAUUCCCGUCGCUAAACGUACGUCGGCAAGAAGAGCGAUCACCAUGAGCGAGAAAGGAACCGCAUCUCCCGUCGUCGCGUCUGGGACGAAUAGCCCGAGCGUGCAAACUGCACCGACGAAGAAAGCGGCCGCACCGAAGUCGAAGAAGCCGCGAGCAAAACCGACGCAUCCGCGCACCGCCGAGAUGGUCGAAACCGCCAUUUCGAGCUUGAAGGAACGCAGCGGUUCAUCUCUCCAGGCCAUCAAGAAGUACAUCGCUAGCACGUAUAAAAUUGACGCGGAGAAGCAGGCCCCGUUCAUCAAGAAGUACCUCAAAGCUGCUGUCUUGAAAGGCGCCUUGGUGCAGACCAAGGGCAAGGGAGCUGCUGGAUCCUUCAAACUUUCCGGCAAGGUUGUGGAGACCACGAAACCAAAAGUGGCUGUCACCGUAAAAGCGGCACCGCCCAAGAAAGCUGCUGUUGUUAAAAAGCCCGUCGCUGCUAAGAAAGCUCCUACACCGAAGAAGCCUAUCGCCAAAAAGACCGCAGCCAGCAGUAGUGCCGAAAAGAGGAAAGUGGCAAAAGGCCCAGCUGCGAAACCACCCAAGGCAAAGACCGUCGCCUCUACGAAAGCCAAAGCUGCCAAAUCGCCGAUAAAAAAGCAACCCAAGGCCGCGCAGCCCAAGAAAACUCCAACCAAGCCUAAGAGAGCUGCUCCCAAGAAAGCGGGAGUCACUAAAAAAUGAACUAUAUAAUUCCCAUGAACCACGAGAUCGAAAAUUAUCAAAGGGCCCUUUUCAGGG